GUUUCGCAGGCAGGUGUCGUGGAGUACCAGCUGACGGCUGUGCAGGGACAUCGAGAACACAGUAUACACCAACCAUGAACGACAUAUCCGCAGACUAAAUGCGCGGCUAACCGAGAUGGAGCAAAUGGACCAAGAUGAACCUUCAUCAUCCGAGGACGAAGCUGAAGCCGAACAAACAGCAUCGGUCCCACCGACACUAUCGUCACAAAACUCCUUCUCUGCGCCAACAUCAGAACUGAGAAAUCGGCUAAACAAAGAUUCAUCAACAUCAGAAUCCGCAACACUAUCCUCAACAGAACAUGUCUUGUCACACCAUCGUGGCCUACAAGAAGAAUACACCACAGACCUCCUCCGGAUGGCCCGCGUACUCAAAAACAACUCCCUAGCAUUUGGCGAGAAGCUCGAGGAGGACAAAACCCUGAUCAGCGACACAGCGGCACUGCUCGGCAAGAACGAAGGAGCAAUGAAAACAACAGGCGGCAAGCUUGGAAAAUACAGCAAGCAAAGCCGAGGAACGACAUGCCUGAUGUGCGCAGUUCUGGGAAUCGUUUUCGUCAUGUUCUUCUUCGUAUACAUGUUGAUCCGGAUCACAUAAACAUAAGUUACCAAUUCAUGAAUUAACUUCCAAUAAUAAAACUAUCCC